AGGUGUUUGAACGUUAUUUCAGUGUAAUUUCUGUUAUAAACAAUAAAAUAUAAAUAAAUAAUACAGUAAAGUAAAUAAAUUUAUUUAAACAACAACAAAAAACAUCAUUAUGCAAAACUUUUUUAAAAAUAAACAAAUUCUACUCAAGUUUUGUUUCUUAAGUCUAUUGAUUAUGGAUUGUGUCGAAAUGCAGGAAAAUGAUUUUAAAUGUUCAAAAUACAAACAAUUGGUAUUUGAGGAAACAAAAACCUUCAGUUACUAUCUGCCGGGUGCUAAUGAAAUAUCUUUUACCGAAGAUCACUGUUCAACUGCUGGAGGUUUUGUUGUGGGUGGUGAAAAUGCUCGUCCCAAAGAAUUUGCUUUUGCGGCACGUUUGGGUCAUAUGGCUGAGAAUGGUUAUGUUAAUUGGUUUUGUGGUGGUACACUAUUGAGUGAAUCUUUUGUUUUAACAGCGGCUCAUUGUUUUUACGCUUCACUAGGCCAUGUCAAUCGUGUACGCUUAGGCGAAUUAGACUUCAACUCCGAUACUGACGAUGCUAAACCCGAAGACUUUGAUGUACAACAAUUAAUUGAACAUCCGGAUUAUGAUUAUGGUAAACCCUAUAAUGACAUAGGUUUAGUUAAAUUAUCAUCAAUUGUAAAAUUUGAUCGUUAUAAACAUCCUGCCUGUUUACCAACAUCGCCUAGUUUACAAAACAGCAAUUCUUUAAUUGCCAUCGGUUGGGGUCAUACCAAAUUUUCAGGUGAAAGUUCAGCUCAUUUACAGAAAGUUACUUUAAGGUCAUACUCUCAUGCCAAGUGUGAUUGGUUGGCUCGAGGAUCAGAGGGUCAAGAACGACUACCAGAAGGACUUAAAUAUUCUCAACUUUGUGCUGGUUCUACUGAAGCAAAAGACACUUGCCAGGGAGAUUCUGGUGGACCUUUACUGGUGCAACAUACGAAAUAUCCUUGUAUGUAUAAUGUGAUCGGAAUAACUUCGUUUGGUUUUGGUGGCUGUGCCCUACCAAACGUACCAGCGAUAUAUACUAAUGUUAAUUUUUAUCUAGAUUGGAUUAGUAAAUACGUACGUUAAUUGAAUCGAAAUAUUUAAUGACAAAAUUGUGUCAUUAAAAUUAACUUUAAAUUCUAUAAUAUAUCUAAGAAUAUCUAACGAUUUUUUGCUAUUUAAUGACAAAAUUUUCUUCUGCAAAAGUACGAAGUUUUCCGCUGAAAUAUUUUUGAAAAAUAAAAUUGUUAACGGUGAAUUUGUAUAACUAACGUUAUCUAACGAUUUAAGGCUAUUUCAUGACAAAAUUGUGUCAUUAAAAGUAACUUAAAAUUUCAUAAUAUAUGUAAGAAUUUCGCAUUUCGUCUGACCGAAAUUUAGCUCUCUCUCUAACUUAUAAGAAAAUAUUUUGAAGUUGAAAUGUUUAAUUCAUAUAAGUUGUUUAGUUGAUUGUACAUUAUGUUCUAUUUAAUUAUUAAUUUUCUAUUUAGAUUUUAAUAAUCUAAUAAGAAUAAAUUCUUUUACAUUUUAAUCAAUAAUAACACAUGUAGUAUUUUUACAUCCAAUUCAAACUUGUACAUUUUUUACAUCAAUGUUUACCUCUACUAACAAUCAGCAAAAUCCUAACAAUCUGGCAACUUCAUAUAUAUUUUCUUCCAUUUCGUUUUGUUGUCAUGA